GCCAAAUCAACAAGAUCGACAAGCAAUUAAUAAAUCGAAAUGAGCAAAAUCGUUUCUUUGAUCGUGGUAGCCAUUUGUGUGCUUGGAGCUUUAGCCGCAGCAAUGCCUCAGCGUCCGCUGACCCAACCGCUGAUCUACUAUCCACCGCCACCACCGCCACCAAGGAUCUACAGAGCAAGGCGUCAGGUGUUGGGUGGCUCACUGGCCUCCAAUCCGAAUGGCGGAGCUGAUGCCCGAUUGGAUUUGACCAAGGCCAUUGGCACUCCGGAGCACCAUGUGGCUGGACAGGUAUUCGCAGCGGGAAAUACUCAAACCCAACCGAUUUCCACUCCCGUGACCAGUGGCGCCACCUUGUCCUACAACAAUCAUGGCCACGGCAUCGAUCUAACCAAAACCCAUACGCCCGGGGUGCGAGACAGCUUCCAGCAGACGGCCACGGCCAAUUUGUUCAACAAUGGAGUCCACAAUCUGGAUGCCAAGGCCUUCGCCUCGCAAAACCAAUUGGCCAAUGGCUUCAAGUUCGAUAGGAACGGCGCUGCCCUGGACUACGCGCACAUCAAUGGCCAUGGAGCCACUCUGACGCACUCCAAUAUUCCCGGCUUUGGCAAGCAACUGGAACUGGCCGGAAGAGCCAAUCUCUGGCAGUCGCAGGAUCGCAACACGAGACUCGAUCUGGGCAGCACGGCCUCCAAGUGGACGAGUGGACCCUUGAGGGGACAGAGCGAUCUGGGCGCCAACCUGGGCAUCUCCCACUACUUUGGUUAAGGUUAAAGGCUCCUCGAAAUUAUUCAAAGCUGCAU